AUGACGAUAGGACGUACCAAGAUCAAAGUAACCCUCUCGGGAUCGCUGGUAUACUAUAAUGUAUGGGUAGGCGAUCUGGCAGGGCAAGAAGCGAUUCUGGGCAUGGACUUUAUGGUGCCUGCCGGAGUGCGGCUCGAUCUAGCUGAUGGCGCGCUAUGUCUACCAGAAAAAAUCCGUAUCCAUCUCGCAGGACGUCGCCCCGCGUACGGAUCGAAGAUACAACACGUGACGGCGGAGGACCAACAUGUGGUUAUCCCGGUUGGAGAGUCAAGAAAAAUGAAGACCGCGAUCGGAGGGGCUAAGAUGAAAUUGUGGGUCGCUAGAGGACCAGAUUGGGUCCCCACUGUGAUUUCGGGGUCGGGUAAGACGAAAUACCUGCAGAUGACCAACAUCGGCGACCGUGAGAUCAUACUUCCCACGCACACGAUAUCAGGCUUGUGUACCGAAGGCGAUAUGGUACCACGAACUCAAGGUUUUGUGACGGUCGGAUCGGGGAAGUACAAGGAGUGGCAAACUCUGGCGUACGAAGCUACGACGGAUUGGGUGAAUGAGCUCCCAAAAGCGCAGAUCGGACCAUUGGUAGAUCGCCCUACGUACGUCACUCCCAAAUGCAUCGUGAAUCGUCCGUAUGAUGCGUUAAAGAACAUACCUCCAGCGAUCUCCAUGGUAACGCAGCAAGCUGGUGACGACGACUUGCAAAAGGCAGAUACUGUGGAUAACGAUCGUGAGAUCGAAACCAAGAUCGCGAUGAAAAGAGAUCAUGGGACCGAACGAGAAGAACAAGAAAACAGACUGUCUUCACUGAACGUCAAUCUUGCAGACAACAGAGCAGGAAUGGAUCGGUCCGAGGCGACGCAAAGAUCUAAAGAGGACAAGCCGUCUAAGAUCGACGAAGCUGACUCCGCAGAAGCACCAGUCUACUAUCACGAGAGUGAAGAUUUGUUUGCCGAAGACAUCGAGCAACACCUGGCGGUGUUACCAGAGAUGUCCACUGCUACGGAAGAAGUGACAAUUGACGACAUUCAGAUCGGCGAUCCGGACGUUCCUCUCACCGCAGAUCAACAAAGACUCAGAUCGCUGAUUUGGAGGAGCCGUCACCUUCUUAUGGGGAAGGGCAAUGCUCUACCACCAGCGGCACGAGGGGCGAUUUGUGAUAUCGAUGUCGGUGGAGCCGCACCAAUUGCGCAAAGAGUCCGUCCGGUCGCACCCAAAUAUCGGGAGAAGCUGUCAGAUCUCAUCAAAAGGACUGUUGGCAGACAAGAUCGUUCAGCCAUCCACGUCAACUUGGGCGUCUCCGAUAGUGGUGAUCAUCAAGAAGAACGGAGUGGACAUUCGCCUUUGCAUUGA